AUGGAUAAUUGUGAUUUCUUCAUCGACGUGCUAAAAAGAGAAAUUAAAGAAAUGCGACAUGAAAUGACAACAAAUCGUAUUGAAGAAUCCAAUUUUGAGAAUGCAGACAGUUCAACAUGCAGAUUAUUUUUUUUGGGUUGGGUAACAUCGUUGAAAUAUUUUUUAACACGUAGUGAUUUGACCACCUGUUGUGACAACGGUUUAGUGUGCGUAUGCAUGAUGUGUGAAACGUUGGGAAGGGAAACUGAUUUUAACUAA